AUGCUACGACGACGUCUAUGUGAUCUUGUCAAUCGAAAAAAUCUUUUAUCGUUAUCUUAUCGUACUGUUUAUCGUUCAGCACUCGAUAACCCUAAUAAAAUUGCUGUGAUUGAUUCAAAUGGUCGAUAUUCAUAUUCACAUCUUCUUGCAGCUAGUGUUCAAUUACGUGAUAAACUUCUUUCUGUAACUGAUGAUAAACAAAAAUCUGCUCAUAAACGUAUCGCCUUUCUUUGUAAUCCAGAUGCAUCAUUCGUUGUAGCUCAAUGGACAUGUUGGCUGUCGCGUGCAAUAUGUAUUCCACUUUGUAAAGAUCAUCCACAAGCAUUGCUUGAUUAUUAUAUUGAUGAUGCUAAAUGUUCACAUUUAAUUGUGUCACCGGAAUAUGAAAAAUUACUUCGACCACUUGCUGAUAAAUUUAAAAUACCAUUAAUUAUACUUACAAAUAAAGAUGUUCAAUUAGAUGAAAAAAAAACAUAUUUCCAGUUACCCAAUCAACAAGAGUUAGACAUUUUUUCUAAAAGUACCGACGAUGCUCUUAUUUUAUAUACAUCUGGAACAACAGGCAAACCAAAAGGCGUUGUGCAUACAGUUACUACAUUACGAGCUCAAAUGGAUGCCAUGCUUUCAGCUUGGCGUUUAACUAAAAAUGACACAGUAUUAAAUGUUCUUCCGCUUCAUCAUGUUCAUGGAAUGAUUAAUUGUGUCAUGUCACCCCUCUAUGCUGGUGGUACAGUAGUUAUGAUGAAUAAAUUUGAUGCUGAACAGACAUGGAAUCAUCUACUCAAUGAUCGUAAUCCAUCAGUUAAUGUUUUUUCAGCUGUACCAACAAUUUACAUAAAAUUAAUGGAACAUAUUAAAAAUUCAUCUAACAAAGAUGUGAAAAAAUUAUGUUCUGAUCAUAUACGGCUUUUUCUUUCUGGUUCAUCAGCUUUGCCAGAGUCGAUAUUUCAAAAAUGGCAUGAGCUAACAGGCUUUGAAAUUGUUGAACAAUUCGGCUCAUCAGAAACAGGACGCGUUCUAUCAAAUAAACUUGAAGGCAAUAAAUUAGCUGGUCGAGUUGGUCUUCCAAUGCCUGAUUUAAAAGUACGUUUAGUACAAAAAGAUGAUAACAAUAUAGAUAAAAUUGUAGUUGAAGGCACUUAUGAUAAAGUGAACAUUUUUCAAGAAGAAAAAGAUGGAAAAGUACAAGGGGAAGUCUAUGUUAAAGGUCCUACAAUAUUCAAAUAUUAUUUCAAUAAAGAAGAAGCUACUCGUAAAGCAUUCGAUUCUGAAGGAUAUUAUAUCAUGGGAGAUAUGGCUGAAUAUGAUAAACAGAAUAAUACAUUUCGCAUUCUUGGUCGAUCGUCUGUUGACAUUAUAAAAUCUGGUGGUUACAAAAUAUCAUCAUUAGAUAUUGAAUCCGUUAUUCUUCAUCAUCCAUUAGUUAAUGAAUGUGUAGUUAUUGGUGUCAAAGACUUAGAAUGGGGAGAACGUGUUACAGCUAUUGUUGUUCUUCAACCUGGAAAGAAAGAGCAAGAUUUAACACUUGAACAGUUACGAGAUUAUUGUAAAAAGAAAUUACCUGCGUAUCAAUGUCCAACACGAUUGAAAAUUGUUGAUAAACUCGAGCGAAAUGCUGUUGGAAAAGUAAAUAAAAAAGAAUUGAAUGCAAAACUAUUUCCACCAUCAUCAACCAAUAAAAACUAA